UGACCUGGCUGUGUGCCACCUCACCUCAAAUUACCAAUAGUUCAGGCACCAGCCAGCUUGGGCUUCUAAAUAUAAGGUUGCUCACAGAUUCUCGACCACAUCAACUGCCACCGUGGUACUGCUUUCAGAAUGUGCUUUUUCUGAAGAAACUUUAAAACUACAUAUUUUUAGAAGAUCAAGUUGGAGAAAACAAAUAGAUUGCUGCUCCAUCUCUCAAGGGACAAACCAUGGCAACAGUACCUUCCAUUGGAUGUCUCCUGGCCAAAAAUCAGUAUUACCGAAAGUCCAGUAUUUCUUCAGUUAGUUCCUUAACUAGCUCUGAUUCUGUUAAUUUAAUAGAAGAUGACAGAACUCUUCAAGGAUUACCCGAAAUGGCAGAAUCCACCUGGUGGUUUAAAUCUUUUUUCCAUUCUGAACCUGUGCUUUCAAAUGUGAGAAACAAAGAUUUAUCUUCUAGUGGCACUCACAGUUGAUUCUGACAAUCAAGAUCUCUCCCUGCUGUGGUGCUACAGACGUGAACCCUUAAGCUCAGCAUGCCAGCUAUUCCAGAGGACUCUUCCCUAUUGUAAGAAGACAAAACCUACCUGAGAUCUCAUUUCUGAGGCAAUAUCACAGAAGCUGCUCAUAGCAGAAAUUUAGGCAUUUUCCUUAACACUAUCACAGCAAGUGGUACCAGCGACAUGGAGAACAUUUACAAACCUGCCUUUAGAGAUGUUCACCUAUUUAAAGUAAUGAGUCUCCAAAUGCAGUGACUUAGGUAAAACAGUCCUUUCAUUAUCUAUAUUAUUUUUAUCUAGAAAUUUAAUUUAGACUCUUUUUAUGUCUGCUAUAUGUUAUAAUGCCUUAAAACUGAAGAAGCCUCUAUGCUUCUUCAGAGGUAAAUAUAUUACCUCUUAAAUAUAGUACCAUACAUCUAACCAAUUGAUUUGUAGUGUAGAGUUUAAAAUUCUUGAUUUAAAUAAUAUUUAAGAACAUGGAAAAUUAUAACACAAUAUUAAUAAAAAGUGAGAUAAUAAAAACUGUGUGGUAUGAUUUUAAUUGUAUUACUGAUUACAAAUGGAUAAAGUAGAUUGGAAAGAACUAUGUCAAAAAUGCUAGCAGUGGUCAUUUCUGGAUUUGGGAUUGUGAAUACGUUUAUUUUUU